AUGUCUUGCAUUAAGAGAGUUGAGAGAUCCGCUUACGUUGCCAUGGCACCAGAAGCUCCGUUCAUGGCGGCCGGAACGAUGGCUGGAGCCGUUGAUCUGUCUUUCAGCUCAUCCUCCAAACUCGAGAUCUUCGAACUCGAUUUUCACUCCGAAGACCAAGAGAUGAAACUAUUAGGUCAGUGCUCAAGCUCCGAGCGGUUUACUCGGCUCGCUUGGGGAAGAAGUUAUGGAUCCGGAUCCGAGGAAUCUCCCUAUGGUCUCAUCGCAGGUGGCCUCGUCGAUGGGAGUAUUGGUUUAUGGAAUCCACUUUCUCUGAUUCGUUCCGAGUUUAAUGAAAGUGUGCACGUUAGAUAUCUUUCAAAACACAAAGGACCUGUUUGUGCUCUUGAGUUUAAUGUUCUCUCCCCAAACCAACUUGCUUCCGGGGAUGAUGAUGGCAUGAUUUGCAUUUGGGAUUUUUCAAAUCCUUCAGAGCCUUCUCAUGUUCUAAAGGCUAGUGGUUCUUAUACGCAAAGUGAAAUCUCCUCUGUUUCAUGGAAUAGAAAGUUUAAACAUGUUUUAGCAUCUACCUCAUAUAAUGGGACUACUGGUGAAUUCAAAAAUUCUGAAUCAAGCGACAGAUUUAAAGGUCUCAUUAGCUGCUCAGUAUUGCAAUGGGACCCUGAUAACUGUAAUCAGAUAAUGAUAGCAUCAGAUGAUGACUAUUCACCUUCUGUGAAGGUAAUCAAUCUAGUUAACGUGUAUGUUGUACAAAUGGUGAUACUUGUUAUGUUAUCAGGUGUGAUUGCAAUGGAGUGGUGUCCAAGUGACAGCUUGUAUCUACUUACCUGUGGUAGAGACAAUCGAACUAUUUGCUGGAACACAAAGACAGGACAGAUUGUGACCGAGUUACCUACUACUGUAAACAAUUCGAAUUUUGAUGUUCAUUGGUCCCCAAAGAUGCCUGGAGUUGUAUCAGCAUCUUCUGCUGAUGGGCAAAUUAGCGUCUAUAACCUUGAGGGUUGCAGCUCCAAUGGUAGUGGAGAGAACAAUCUUCUUGAAGCAGCUCCUUUAACAGCACCAAAAUGGUGGAAGCGCCCGGUUAGUGCCUCUUUUGGAUUUGGAGGAAAGCUUGUGUCAUCUAACUCAAAGCUCCCUGAGGCUUCUGUGGUUUUCUUGCAUAGCCUUGCCACAGAACAAAGUUUAGUGAAUAGAAUAUCUGAAUUUGAUGCUGCACUAGGAGAUGGAGAGAAGACUUCACUAAGGAGUUUGUGCAAGAAGAAAUCUGAAGAGACAGAAUCCGAGGAGGAGAAAGAAACAUGGAGCUUGCUGCAACUCAUGCUUGAAGAGGCUGGGAACGCUAAGACGAAGUUGCAUACCCAUUUUGGCUUUAGUUUACCUUCUGAGGAUCAAAAUGAUCAAGCUGUUGCUACAUAUUCUUCUGAAAACGUAGAAGAAACUCAACAAGAAAGCUCUGAUCCAUUACUUGAUGAAGCUAUCCAACGUUCAUUGAUUGUGGGAGAUUACAAAGAAGCAGUAGCUCAUUGUUUAUCUGCAAACAAGAUGGCUGAUGCUUUGGUUAUUGCUCACGUUGGUGGUACAACAUUGUGGGAAAGUACUCUUGAUAAAUAUCUUAAGAUGAGCAAUGCACCUUACAUGAAGGUUGUUUCUGCAAUGGUGAACAAGGAUUUAAUGAGCCUUGUUCAUACAAGGCCAGCUAAAUUCUGGAAAGAAACUCUUGCUCUCAUCUGCACUUUUGCAGAAGGAGAUGAAUGGACAAGGCUCUGUGAUGCUCUUGCUUCACAUUUGUUGUCUUCUGGUUUUACUUUGGCUGCAACUCUGUGUUACAUUUGCGCAGGCAAUGUAGACAAAACAGUAGACAUCUGGUCUAUGAGCCUAGUAAAAGACAAUGCUGGAAAGUCUUAUUCUGAGCGUGUUCAAGAUCUUAUGGAGAAGACUAUUGUUCUUGCUUUGGCAACCGAGAACAAGAGAUUCAGUGCCUCUUUACUCAAACUCUUUGAGAGUUAUGCUGAGAUACUAGCCAGCCAAGGACUUAUUGCAACGGCUAUAAAGCUCUUAAAACUUCUUGAGCUUGGUGAUUCCUCACCUGAAAUUUCAAUAUUGAGGGAACGGUUUUCUCAAAGUGUUUAUCAGGAGCCAACUCAGACUCAACCAAAUGUUCUUACCAGUCCAUAUAACCAAGCUCAGCCAGUUCUCCAGCCAUCUUUUACUACAACUUCAGUAACCAAUGCUCAGCCAUCAAGAACUACUUUAGUGUCUCCAAAUCCUUCUCCUCCUCAACAGAGAACAAUGGAUUCUCAUUCAUCUACUCGAUCAGCAUACUCAACAUACAAUCCACCACAAGGUCCUGGCUCACAUCAACCCACUUGUCUGUAUCUUAACUCUAAGAUUCACCAAAAUGUUGUUCCACCAGUGGAACUCAUGGUUCCAACACAGCGGGUAGUUAUUCAACCACCCCCUGCACCUGUAGCUCCACCACCAACUGUUCAGACAGCGGAUACUUCCAAUGUACCAGCCCACCAGAAACAUAUUGUGGCUACAUUGACAAGGCUUUUUAGAGAGACGUCGAAAACAUUAGGUUCUGAUAAGAAGAUAGAAGAUACCUCAAGAAAAUUAGGAGCUCUGUUUUCGCAACUCAAUAAUAAGCGCAUCUCAAACCACGCUGCUGAAAAACUCUCUCUGCUAUGCCAAGCUCUGGACAAACAUGACUUUGGUGCAGCUUUACAAAUACAGGCGCGUAUGACGUCCACCGAAUGGGAUGAAUGCAACUUCUGGCUCGGACCACUUAAACAAAUGAUUAGAGAAAGGCAAAAUGUUCGGUGAUAACCACAUGAUUUUAGCUAGAGUUACAAAAUUAUAAUGGAUAAAUAAUGGUUUCGAG